GUUGUGAUUAUUGUGGUUUUCAGACACUGGAGUUGUGCAGUUUUCCUGUAUUUUAUUUAUUAUUUAGUCAUAAGCAAACAUGCUCCGCUGCCUGACGAGUGGCGGGAGAGUGUGUCCUGCUUUGGUGCCUCCUUUCACCCUGUCGCCAUCUUGGAUUUUAAAGAACAGAACAGAAGACAGACAUCGCAGGUUGACUGAGCAGCGCUGGAGGUGCUCAGUUCGUUGUAUGAGCUCUGUAGCGAAGAGGAGGAGAUCUCUACCCAGUGCCUUCCCAGUGCUGGAGCGCCCCCUGCAGCCCAUCCACCAGCAUGUAUAUGAAGCUAACCUCCGGAACAGCAACGCCUGCCAUAAGAAGUUCAUCGAGUUGAGGGAGCAGGUGAUGAAAGGCGGGGGGGAGAAUGCCAUUGCUAGGCACACAAAAAGAAACAAGAAGCUACUGGUCAGGGAUCGUCUGCGCCUCCUGCUGGAUGAUGAAGAUUUUCUAGAGCUGUCACCAUUCGCGGGUCUGGGUCUGCCUUACGGGGACAUCCCGUCAGCCGGCUGUCUGACUGGUAUCGGCAGGAUCUGUGGUCUCUGGUGUGUGUUCAUUGCCAACGAUGCCACAGUGAAAGGCGGCACAGCGUAUCCAAUCACAGUGAAGAAGCAACUAAGAGCUCAAGAAGUGGCGAUGCAGAACCGCCUGCCUUGUGUUUACCUGGUCGACUCUGGAGGAGCCUUCCUACCACUGCAGUCAGAGAUCUUUCCGGAUAAGAACCAGGGAGGAAGAGUUUUCUAUAAUGAAGCCAUCAUGUCUGCCAUGAAGAUCCCACAGGUGUCAGUGGUGUGUGGGUCCUGCACAGCGGGUGGAGCUUACAUCCCCACUAUGGCUGAGGAGGCAGUGAUGGUGCACCGGAUAGGGACGAUAUUCCUGGGCGGACCACCGCUUGUCAAGGCCGCCACAGGAGAGGAAGUGACACCAGAGGACCUGGGAGGAGCCAAGCUUCACGCUGAAGUGAGUGGCUGUGUGGAUCAUUUUGCCUGGGAUGAAAAGGAGGCGUACGAUUACACCAGAAGCAUCGUUUCCACCCUCAACUUCCAGCUGCCAGAGGAGGAGGAGGAGGGUGAGGAGAAGAUGAAGAAGAGGACAGCAGAGGAGGAGCCACUGUACAGUUCAGAGGAUCUUCUGGGUCUCGCUCCACUGAGUUAUAACCAUACUCUGGAUGUUAACAUGGUCAUCAGUCGGCUGACGGACGGGAGCCGCUUCCACGAGUUCAAAGCUCGUUUUGGAACAACUCUGAUCACCGGCUUUGCAAAGAUUCAUGGCAACCUGGUGGGGAUAGUAGCCAACAACGGAGAGCUGUCGUACCAGGCCGCCCUGAAAGGAAGUCAUUUUGUUCAGCUGUGUGACCAGAGAGACGUCCCACUCCUCUUCCUCCAGAACACAGCGCCCACAGCAGCUCUGACACUCUCCACGACACAGGCGGAGAUGAACAGUAACCGUCUGAAGGCUCAGGGUUCGAUGCUGUCAGCGGUAGCCUGCUCCUCCGUCCCCAAAAUCACCGUGGUGAUUGGUGGUUGCCACGGCGCUGACAGCUACGCCAUGUGUGGACGGGCCUUUGACCCUAAUUUCCUGUUCCUGUGGCCCAACGCCAGAGUGUCGAUGGCGGCUCCGGGUCAUUCUGGUUCUCUGCUUCCCCGCGACAGUGAGCAGGAGGAAGAGCAGAGGAAGAAGCAGGAGGACGACUUGAAUCGGCGAUUAGAGGAAGAGAGUUCAGCUUUCUUCUCCUCUGGGCGGCUCUGGGACGAUGGAGUGAUUCUGCCUCAGGACACCAGGAAGGUUCUCAGAGACUGUCUGGACAUCAUCAGGCAGCAGCAGUAUCAACUUUCUACAGAAAAAGUGCAGCAACCACUGCUACGCAUGUAGAGGCGUCCGUCCUCCUCAGUGUCUCUGGACACUACAGACAUCUGUCCAUCACCUUGAUUCAUUUAUUGUUCUUCAUGUUUCCAGGAUUCACAUCGAGCUCCGUGCUGGUUUCAGUAUGAGUGGAACUUGAAACAGGGAGGAUAGGUGCUGAAUACCCACAUGUGUGUUAGACAGAAAAUAUCCACACGCUAAUUCUCUAGAGUCAUAUUUUCAGUGACUAAAGGAUCAAAUGCACUUAAAGGUUUGAGGUUUUGAUGUAAAGCUUGACGUUGUGUCUGAUUUUGCACACAACACAAUACUAAAGUCAGUUUUCACCUCCAGUGACUUAUGACUACCUCUCCGGACUCUGACUUGUUCUUUACACAAAGUCAUAGAACUGUCAAGGCAGUUUUCUUUACUGUUGAAAUUAAAAUCUGAAUGAUAAUCAUGUGGCCUCUGUAGGAAAAGUAGUUCUCACAGUUUUGAUGGUUUCCAUUCUUCACCACGUUACUAAAUGAUUUAAUUUCCGACAGCAUCUCAUUUGUCUGUUUCAGGAGAGAUUGUGUUUGUUUUUGAUUUAAUAGAUUAUCACCUGACAAAUAAAUAUGUCCAAUGGAUUUUUUCUUCAUUGCAAGAAAUUGUGUUUUGUAAU